AACGACGAACAAAAUAACUAUUUAUUUGAUUUAUGCUGUUUGUUCUUUUUAAGAUCGUUGGUUCAAUGAAAGUUUAUCCCAAUUUAACUUUAUACUAUUUUAUUAGCAUAUUUGUAAAUUUAAUAAUACAUCAAAAUUUUCAAUCAAAAAAAAUAAUACUAAAAAAACUUUAUGAAAUAUUUUGAAAAAAUAAAAUAAUGAAUUAAUGCUUUAAUAUUUUUUUUCACGAGUGAAUUAUUCUAAAAAAAUUCUACCUAUAAUAAUAAAUUUUCAACAUUGACCUUUUUUUUUUUUGGAUCAAAUUUUUAAUGGUAACUUAAAAAUAAUAAAAAUAUAAUGAAAUGAUGAGUAUCCAAUCCAGGCUGUCGUUUCUUUGGGGCUCGGCUGGCUUGGCUCACCAAAAUCCAAAACCAGAGCCUCCUCGAUCGACAAAAUUACGGUCUCAUAACCAAAAUUUCCUCUCUCCAAUAACUUUUGAAUCCCAAAUUCAAACCCCCUUUUCUCUCAUUUUCGUUUCGAUUUUCAUAAAACCUCAAUUCCAUCCAUGGCUUCUCGUAGGCGUAUGCUCCUAAAGGUGAUCAUCCUUGGCGACAGCGGGGUUGGGAAGACAUCGCUGAUGAAUCAGUACGUGAAUCGUAAGUUUAGUAAUCAGUACAAGGCAACAAUUGGGGCUGAUUUUCUGACGAAGGAGGUUCAGUUUGAAGACAGGCUGUUCACACUGCAGAUUUGGGAUACGGCUGGACAAGAAAGGUUUCAAAGUCUUGGUGUGGCUUUCUAUCGAGGUGCGGAUUGUUGUGUUCUUGUCUAUGAUGUGAAUGUAAUGAAAUCUUUUGAAAAUCUUAACAACUGGCGGGAGGAGUUUUUGAUUCAGGCUAGUCCAUCCGACCCUGAGAACUUUCCAUUUGUUGUGUUGGGAAACAAGGUAGAUGUUGAUGGUGGAAACAGUCGGGUGGUCUCUGAGAAGAAAGCUAAGGCAUGGUGUGCUUCUAAGGGAAACAUACCUUACUUUGAAACAUCUGCCAAAGAAGGGUUCAAUGUUGAUGCUGCUUUUGAAUGUAUAGCCAAAAAUGCACUGAAGAAUGAACCUGAAGAAGAAAUAUACCUUCCUGAGACAAUUGACGUUGCUGGCGGAGGGCGGCAACAAAGAUCAACUGGUUGUGAAUGUUAAGUGGUUCUCAAAUGGCUUUGCUAUUUGAAUUAAUUCUACAAAAGACACUUAGCAUUUGGUGAAUAUAAUUUAGUUGCUUUUAACAAGCGCACACUUUAUUAUCAUCUAGUGAAGGUUAUGAAAUUCUGUUAUCAUUUAGAGAAGGUUGUGAAAUUCUAUUUGUAUCAUAUUUGGAUCAGGAAAAAAGACAUUUUGUCUAUCAUUGUAUCACUUUCGCAUUCCUUUUGUUUCUUCUGUUCCAUCCAACUGUGUGAUAUGUUAUUGUACUGAUGGAUACUACUCUCAGCUCAGUCUUCAUUCAUGGCUCAUAAUUGUUUGACAAUUUGUCUUUAAAUAAUAAUAUGGUAAUGAAUAGAGUCAGUUGAUUUUGAAGUUUAA